AUGGGGCUCGCCGGGAAGAGCGGCAGCAGCAGCAGCGACAGCAGCAGCAGCAGCAGCAAGAUCCGCAGCAGGAACAGCAACAGCAGCAGCUUGCUGCUGCGCGCUCUCUGCCAAAGCCCCCGGCUUUGCCAACACUUGGCAGCUCUGCUGGGGCCUGCUGAGCUCAGCAGCAGUUUGCUGCAGCUGUCAUUUGGGGUGUACAUGCACCUCAUGCUGCGGCAGCAGCAGCUGGACCUCGGCCCCGCCGACUUGCUGCAGCUGCAGCACGCCCCCCUGGAGCAUUUGCUGCUGCACCGCGUGCUGCUGCAGCAGCGCGCGUGGCGCCACACCACCACUCUCUUCUUCCGCAACAUGCUGCAGCAGCAGCUGCUGCAGCAGCAGCACCGCCCCCAGCAGCAGCAGCUGCUGUGGACAGCCCAGGCUUUGGAGCUGGCUGGCUGCGAAGUAAAUGCCCACGUUGCGGGGGCCCUUGGCAGUGCUGCUGCUGCUGCUGCUGAGGCCCACAGCCUCAUUUUCGGCGAACACUACUGCCGCAUGAGCAUGCAGCUGCUGCUGCAGCAGCAGCAGCGCCAGAUCAACCUCCUGCAGCAGCAGUGCGACGGCCAGCGGCAGCAGCUUCAGCAGGAGCCCCGGCAGCAGCAGCAGGGCCACAGCCCUCAACAUUCGCAAGAGCUGCAGCCACCGCAGCAGCAACAGUCUCCGUGCGAGCAGCAGCAGUCGCCGCUGGAGGGGCAGGAACCGCAGCAGCAGCAGCAGCAGCAGCAGCAGCGAGACCUGACGCAGCAGCAGCAGCACGCUCCGCAAGAAGCGGGAGAGAGGGCCAAGUACGAAGCCG